GUGGCGCGUUAUAUAGCAGUAAGGAUUUUUCGAAAUCCUAUUUUGUCAAUUUAAACCUUACCAUUCUCCACGGUUAAAGUUACAAUACGCUUAUCAAACUUUAACAAUUUUUGUAAACACGCUUGUCGAAUACACAAAUUAUUAUAUGUGUACUAGGCAAAUGCUAUUUAUUGCGGAAGUAAUGGCUUCCGAAAAUUUAAUUGCAAUAACAUAAUAAGUAAAUCGUUAACCAAAUACUUGAGUGUGAACAUUAUUUAAUACCGCUUUGAUAUAUUUUUGGCACUGAGAUUGAUGAAUACAUUCAUUUUCUUUUAAACAUUUUACACCGCGUCCUGAUCAAGAUGUACAAAGAAUUGUCAUGAAUUUUAUGUUUAUAAAAAUGGACUAAAUUGUAAUCAAGCAAUUUAUAAAUAAACUGGCGGUUUUCUUAUUUAACUAAAAACUUCAAAGCAACAAAUAUGAAAUUAAGUUAAAAUUAGUUUUCGGAUUUAUUUGUUUACUAUGAACUACACUGGUGGAACUAUGUCUAUAAGAAGUAAAACGAAGAAUAGUGAUGAGGAGGAAGAAUUAUCUGAGGAGGAUAUGAUGGACAGCGAGGACGAAGAAGAAAGAAUUGCUAGAAUUCAGCGUGCACACUUUGCGCAAACUGCUGCUAUGAAUCCUCGUCGACGACCGGUGGCACGUCCCAGACGUAUGAGCCAGAAGAGAAAAAUGGAAGCUGUGCGGAAUUUUCACGAUUUCACAAAAAAACUAAAAAAAGACACAGGUAUUAAAAUACGAAGUUUAACUGGUAAUAAUUUAUUAGAUUUUAGUGACUUUUCGAGUGAGGAUAACAAUACAGAUAGUGAUGGUUUGUCAGAAGAAGAAUUUACUGUAGAUCCUGACGCCGUACAAGAGUUAAAUGAAGAAAACGAGAGUUAUAUAGAUCCAGAAACAGGUGAUAUUGUUGAAGCAAAGCGAAAAGUAGUAGACAUAAUAAAAACUGAAACUUCAGAAUCUCCUUCAGAUUCAGAAAAACCUAAAACUCUUUCCAUUAGUGAUAUUAUAGAUGAAAGUGGUUUAGAUUUGUCAAAAAAUGUGGAAAUCACCGAGGUAGAAGAAAGUGAAUUAUGUGCAGAAAAAACUCCUGAUGAUUUGUUAGAUAUGAAAGAGGACAGUAGCCAGAGUUUUGACAUUACUGAAAAGUUAAAAGACAUGGGUGAAAUCAGUGUUAAGCCAGUGAAUAAAUCUGAGAGUGAAGAUAAUGAUCAGAGUGAUGACAAAAAAGCAGAACUUGAUGAUGAGAAGAAAUUACUUAAUUCAAAUGCUUUAAAUGUAAGGCGCAAUAUAAGAGAAGUUAUGGAUGAAAAAAACCUAGAUGCUUCUACAUUGACAGCACAGAGGCAAGAAUCUGAACGUUUAGCAAGAGUACAGGAACAACAAAGAAUAAUCAGAGAGGUACAAAGGCAAAUAGCUAUGAAUAGACAAAAUAAAAUUCACCAAAAAACAUUAUCACUUUUGCAAGGCGGAUCGUCUUUAUUAAAGAAGUCUGGAAGUGUGCAACAGAAAUUAAAUUUACCAAACACGGUAUUAGUUAAAUUACCAUCAGGAGAGUUGAAGAAAACAACAGUGAAACAGGGCCAAUUAGAAGUAACAAAGGUGCCCAAACCCACAACAUCAGUUGCUACCUUAGCUCAAAAAUUGAGUAAACCCGAUCAAAAGGGUGAUAAAAAAGAGGUAGUAGAAAUUGUAGAUAGUAGCAGUGGGGAGGAAUCAUCUUCAACAUCUUCUGAUUCAGAUGAUUGUAUAAUGCUAUCAGAUUCAGAAGUUCCCCCUAGCCCUGAGGCUGAAGAAGACCCUAGUAAUUCUGGCCUGCAUGUUAAUGAUGCGUACAAUACACCUGAUGAACAAGGAAGGGUUCAGAUCAAUAUAGGUCACCCUGACAAUGAAGAUGAUAUAUUUUUAGCCCCACAAAUCGCCAGGGUUAUUAAACCACAUCAGAUUGGUGGCGUCAGAUUUUUAUUUGACAAUAUAAUUGAAUCUGUUGAGCGGUUUUCAACAUCUACAGGAUUUGGUUGCAUUUUGGCACAUUCUAUGGGUCUUGGUAAAACCUUACAAAUAGUAUGCUUCUGUGAUAUAUUUCUACGUCAUACAACUUCAAAAACAGUUUUGUGUAUCAUGCCCAUCAAUACACUGCAAAAUUGGGUAGCAGAGUUUAACAUGUGGCUCCCUUUAGAUGCUACAAAUAGCCCUCUAGCUGCGCAUGGAGAAGUACGCCCAAGGAAUUUCCCCAUAUAUGUACUAAAUGAUAGUCACAAAACAUUACAAAUGCGUGCCAAAGUAGUAAAGGAUUGGACAACAAAAGGUGGUGUCCUCAUGAUAGGUUACGAAUUAUACAGAUUAUUAAGUAUGAAGAAAGACAAGAAACCUCGUAAGAAAAAGAAAGCGGACCUAAAGCUCGAAGCCGAAAAAGAGAAGGAAGAUAAGAAACAUGACAAGUCUGAUUUUGGAAAUGAUGAUACACAGGGUUCUGAUGCCACAAAAGCUUCAGAGGAUCCACGACUUGACAAAGACGAAAUAGAUCUACUUAAAGCGGAUAUUGAUUUGAAAGAUGAUAAAAAAUAUGAUGCACCAAAUGAUGAGGACAAAAAGCUUUUAGAUGAGAUGUAUGAAGCAUUGGUUAAGCCGGGCCCAGAUUUGGUCAUAUGUGAUGAAGGACAUAGAAUCAAAAACUCACACUCCAAUAUUUCGUAUGCGUUGAAGCAAAUGAGAACGAAACGUCGCAUUGUACUUACAGGAUAUCCGUUGCAAAACAAUUUGUUAGAAUAUUGGUGUAUGGUGGACUUUGUACGUCCUAACUACCUUGGUAGUAAAACUGAAUUCUGCAACAUGUUUGAGAGACCUAUUCAAAACGGUCAAUGUAUUGAUUCCACACCUCAAGAUAUAAGACUAAUGAGAUAUAGGGCUCAUGUCUUACAUUCCCUGCUAGUUGGUUUUGUACAGAGGCGGUCACAUGCAGUUUUACAGUCGACUUUACCGCAAAAAGAAGAAUAUGUCCUGUUGGUGCGCAUGACGCCAUUGCAACGUAAAUUGUAUGAUAGGUUUAUGAAUGAAGUUGUGCGUUCGGCUUCAGUACCUAAUCCGCUCAAAGCGUUUGCGAUUUGUUGUAAGAUAUGGAACCAUCCAGAUGUUUUGUAUAAUUUUUUGAGAAAGCGAAGUGAAGUAAAUGCAGCCAUUGAAGAAGAUUUAGAUUUGGAAGAAAUUGGUGGAGUGACUAAAGCUGGUCGAGCAAAAAAUGGAAAAGGCCCGGGAAGACGGCCAGGAAAGGCUCGCGGUUCAUUGAAAAAGCCUGCAGCUACAAUUACGCCUAACACUACAGCACCUGUCCAACCUCGUCAAGAACCUAGUACUUUUAAUAGUUCACAAUAUCCUCCCAAUGGCCCUUAUGGUCCGAGUAACUAUAGACCAGAGAGACCAGUGGGAAAUUAUCCUCCACCCAAUUACCCGCAGUUCCAAAAUUCCGGACCAGGCUUUUAUCCCCCUGGCCAAGGAUACAAUCAGGGUUACAGUAACAAUUACUAUCCACAGCAACCACCUUAUGAUGGUAAUUAUCCAAAUCAGUAUCCCCAAAAUAACCCGGAACAGGGCUACAAUCAAAGUUAUUGGGGCAACAAUAGCUACUAUGGAAAUUCUGGGUACUAUAACAAUCCUCAAUAUCCAAAUAAUCAACCACCAUCAAAUUUUAAUGCCAAUCAACCACCUGGUUUUGAGAAUUCUCAGCAAUAUCCCCCAAAUUACAGUGGACCCUCAAAUGAUCCGAUUUAUCCAAACAGCGUGCCAACAAACAAUUCAACGUACACAGGAAACAAUGUACCGCCAAAUAGUUCAUCAUAUACUGGAAAUAAUACUGCGACGAGCAACGCUGCAUAUCGUGGUAACAAUGUACCACAAAGUAACACAUCGUAUCCUACUGGUGAUGUGCCUACAUCAAAUACAGAAAACAGUUCUUCCUCAAGUAACGCUCCAUAUCCUGGAAAUAAUCCCCAACCAAACAAUUCUUCCUACCCAAAUAAUAACGCGUCUCCUUUUGCUACAAAUCAAUCAGAUUAUGAGAAUCAUCAAAGUCGACCUCAGCCCUACCAAGGUUCAUAUCCAAAUCCACCUCCAUACGGUCAAUACAACACAAGUACUGGAACACCGCAAUCAUAUCCAAACAAUAAUCAAACUGCUCAAAAUUAUGCCAAUACUUACCCACCUCAACAAUAUCAGGAAAAUAAUGCAUAUGCUCCAAACUCAUCAACGUAUAACCAAUACGGAAAUCCGCCUACAAAUUAUUCUAAUUAUCCUAGAAAUGCUCCACCUCACGACAAUGUGCCAAAUUCAGUUCCCGUUAAAACGGAAAAUAACUUAGAUCCGAAUUAUUGUCAAAGUGAAAUUAAACACGAGCCAAAUGUUUCUCAAAAUAUCGCUCCGCUCUACGGCAAUCCUUACAAUUAUAAUCAAUCUAACUCUUCGUAUCCAGAGUCACAAGUGAACAAUGAUUAUAAUCAAUUUCCCAACUUCCCUCAAUCAAUGGAAACAAAACCUCCUUUAUGCAGCGCUAGUUCUGGAAGUCCAGUUACUUCGUGGCCUAUAACAGAAACGUUAAAGACAGAACUCGACAGAAUAAAAUCUGAAGAUAAAUUGGAAAUUAAAUCUGAGUCGGAUGGAGAAGUGAAAAUAGAAGAUUUAGACACCAAAAAGAUUGUAAAAGAUGAAACGCGAAAAGACAUUAAUCUAAUGCCUAUACCGUCUUUAAGUAGCGAUGGUGUUAAAAGUGUUGAUAAUAUAACAAAAACUGAUAAAACAAAAAGUGGCUCUGAUUCCGAACCAGAAACACCAAAAAAAGGUAGAGGAAAAGGCAAAGGUAAGGAAAAAUUAAAAAUAGAUAAACCUAAGCCCAAAGGAAAAGCGAAACCGAAAGGUAGGAAAGAUAGAAAAACUUCCAAGGAAAAAACGAACGAAGAUUCUGAAUCGGAGCAAAGUGAGAAGGAAGAAAAGUUGAAUAGAGAGGAAGAAUUGGCUCUUGCUAAGAAAGCAGAAGAAGUGACAUAUGAUUGGGCAACAGAUUUGUUAAAAGAUUAUAUACCUGGACUUAUUGAAAACUCGGCUAAAAUGGAACUAUUCUUCUACAUCUUGAAUGAGAGUAUUAAACUAGGUGAUAGAUUAUUAUUAUUCAGCCAGAGUUUAUUUACGUUAAAUUUAAUUGAAGAUUACUUAGAGCGGAACUACAUUCCUGGCAGUAAUCGAGUUUGGGAAAGAAACGUCUCGUAUUUCCGUUUGGAUGGCUCCACUCACGCGCUCGAACGUGAAAAACUUAUUAAUGAAUUCAAUGCAAAUCCACAUGUCUAUUUGUUUCUUGUCUCUACGCGGGCUGGAUCGCUCGGUAUCAACCUGGUCGGUGCGAACCGUGUCAUUGUUUUCGAUGCCAGCUGGAACCCUUGCCAUGAUACUCAAGCUGUUUGCAGAGUUUACAGGUAUGGUCAAAAGAAACCGUGCUUCGUGUAUCGUUUCGUGAUGGAUUGUUGUUUGGAGAAGAAAAUCUAUGAUCGGCAAAUUAAUAAACAAGGCAUGGCGGAUCGAGUUGUUGAUGAAUGCAAUCCAGACGCAGUAUUGUCUAUGAAAGAAAUCACAAAUCUCUGCUUUGAUAAUGACGAAAAGGAAUCAGAACCAAAAGAUCUUUUAGAACAUAAGGACAAAUACAUAGAUGUUUUGAUGCAAGGAGUCAUUACGUUACAUAGUAAACUUUUGACAAAGGAACCAUUCCAACAUGAAUCCUUAUUAGUUGAUAGAAAAGAGAAGAAAUUGUCUAGUGCGGAGAAGAGAUUAGCGCAAAGAGGGUACGAACUAGAGAAGAAAGCGGCACUAGCGCCAAAGCCGACGACGGCGUACCGCACGGUGCGCACGGCGGACGGCAGCCUGGUGCAGCGGCCGGUCGCGUCCGUGCGCCCGAUGCAGCACGGCGCGCGCUGGAUCCCCGCCGACGUGUGGCGCCGGCAGGGCAUGACCGCGCAGGAGAUGACGCUGCCACUUGAUGUGGUAAUACCAACCAAUUCCUCUGAAAAGACAAAUAUCGUCCUGAAAGCUGGUCAGCGUGUUAUGGUCUUGAAGUCACCUAAGGGGAUUUAUAUGCAACUUGAAUCUGGGAAAAUUAUUGCAAUAAAAACCGCCCUGAAAGGCUUAGGCCAGAAACCUGGAGAUGGUAAAGAUAGCCCUCUUGGUAAGAAAGUUUUAGGAAGUCGACCGUCUUCUGCCAAUAUACCAGGAUCGUUAAAGAAUAAUUCGGCAAUUACAAUCACUUCCAAAGGAGGCCCGCGUCUACAAAGAGUUCAAACGCGACCAACAAUGAUGGGCCAGAAAAUGUCUAGAGCAUUAAUGCCGGGUCAAAAAAUUGCAGAGAUUAGAAAUCGUUUGGGAGAAAUGAGGUCUUACUCUUCGAUGCGGCCGAAACUACCGACACCGCAAAUGAGAAUGUUAAGGCCGGGACUGUCAAGUUCGCUUAGUAUAACUAAAGUUCCAAAAGAUAAAACAAUAAAUAAUACUAAUAAAAAUCAGAACUUUGAGGAAGAAACACAAGUUUUGGAUAGUGACGACGAAGAAGAAGGAAGGGAAAAUACAGAAGUAAAGGCAAGUUCUGAUCAACAUAAUAAAGAAAUGGAUGGUACCUUAAGAGAUAAACCUGGGCCAACGGAAAAUGACACAAUAAAUAAAGAGACUAUUGAUAACAAGGAAAGUGCACCAAUAAUACUAACAACUGACGAAAAGUUGCCCUCUGAAGAGGCUUUAGAAAGUAAACUUUCAGAAAGAAAUGAACCAGAAAUCUCAGGACAAACUCAAAAUAGGCUACGAGACGAUAUUCCAAUAAAUCUUGUGGGACGCGGAGAAAGCAAAAUUAAUUUAUUGAAAAAUUAUAGACACCAUCGACCUAUUAGUCGACCUGCGACAGAAUCCAGUCUGAGUCAAUUAGAGAGAACAGCAAGUGCCCUCAACAAAGAGGGUAUACCAGAUUUCCGAAAGAAUUUAGACGAUAUUACGCAAUCAUACUCUCCGACGGGAGAAGAAAAGACGGGCGGGUCGCGAAAGAAGAAAUCGCCUCAGAAAAUAAAUGUUGAAUCUCAAGAUAGACCUAGUAACAUGUCACAUAGCGUAUCCAGUUUGCUUGGAGUUAAUGUGCAAAAGUCACACACGGAUAAUCCCAUACCUAGUCACAACUCUAGGCCGCCGAGCCAGUCUAACUUGACUGGUGGACCUCUAGAUAGCCCGCAUGGUUACAAUUUAAGCAAAUCACAGUCAAUGCCUAUUAACAUGACGCAUAGUGGGCUGCUUACUGGAGGAACGACAACAAGUAACGAACCAAUGAAUGAUAAUCAUUUAAGGGGGCCACCAUCUUCUAAUUCUAUGUCACCAAAUGCACCGAUAUACCCCAGUGGCAGCGCUCCGCCUGAUGGGUCGUUCGGGCAAUAUCCAGGCUAUGGUAUGGGAUAUGGGGCAUACCCCAAUGCAGCAUAUUACGGUGGAUAUGGGGCUGGUUACUAUCCUCCGUACGGAACACCCCCAGCCCCGUUCGCCCCCCCACCGAACCCUUCUACCACCGACCCCUACUUACCACCAAACCCACAAUGGUAGUAGUGACAUCACAGUACUAUGCAUUUAAUAAAUGCUGCACCGUUUAUUAACGUAAGACAGACUGAUCUGGUGUAACUGUGUUGAGUGUGAGCAAAAAUACGACGAUGUUCUUAUAGUGAAAAUGGUCGAGUUCAUACUGUAGGAAUGCGUUCUCGCAAAUCAUCACAGAUGUGCUCAUUUCAUGUUGUGAGAUGAAUGUAAAUUUAAAUCUAUUUUGUAUAUGUAUUUCUGUUUGUAGAAACUAAUUUUAUGAAAAGAGUAUUUCUAUAAUUCAUAUCUCGUUUUUUUUAUUAUUUAAACGCUGCACAUUAUUUAUAAUUUAUUUUUCUGUUUCGCUUUUGAUAACUUUUUUGAGAUUGAUGUGUUAAAUGGUUAGUUAUUAAAUUGAAAAAGUGACAUUUGAUUUCAAGCCAUAUUAAUUAGUACCAUUUUAGGGCUGUAGGUAAUUUUAUAUAUGUAUUAUUAUAUUAUAAACAAUGGACCUGGCCGUCUUGUGAUGAUAUGACUAUUUCUUACAAAUCACUUCUUCUUUGUAUUAAGAUUACUUCUCGUUUACAUAGUAUGCGCUUAACAUUCGGAGUGAACGAUUAUUUUAGAUCUCCUUUGUCGUUAGUACUUAUUAGAGUAUGAACAAAUUCGAUUUUAACCUGUGAAUAAAACGAUGUUAUUAGAAUAAAUGAUGAUGUAAGUUUUAAAAUCUUAGUGUUUCAAGUGUAUACUCGGAUUAUUAGAGAAAAGUAUGUUGUGAACGCAGUAUUUCUAUUUCAACGGCUAUGCAUUGGUCGAUGUAUGUGAUAAGUGGCUAAGUAGUGUUAAGUCAAAUAUAGGUGGUAAGGAAUAUUUAUCGUUGUAGUAUCCGUAAAUGCCCGCUAAUUAUUCUAGAAACUCAUUUUUCAUGUAAUCACAGAACUGAGAAUAUCUCGGACAUCAUUUAUGCAUGUUGUUAUGCAUAAAUGCAUUUAUAUUUAUCUUAUAGAUAUUUAUGUGUUUAAACACAAAUAAAUGUGAUCGGAUUGCGAUUAGAUUUACAAUUUAAAAAGUUUCUUCUGUAUUUGGUGUGUAUGGCGAUAUUCUGUUAAUAUACAAAAAAGUGAAACUUAAAAACAUUAAAUUUUAUACAUAAUAUAUCAACAGGAUAACACGUGUGACAAUUUAAAUUAUUAUUUUUAUUUUAUUUUGUAAAAAUACACGCCAAACGAUAUUAGAAAUAUUUCACGUUGUAAUGUACAUUAAGAUUAAACUAAUAAUAAUGAUUACUGUAUGUAUGUUGUCCUGUGUACAAAUAGCGUUUGAAAGGUACAAUACAUAAAACAUUGCAUUUUAAUCAGUUACUGUACCGACGAUAUGUAAUAAAAAAUUCAAAACAAA